AUGGAGCUUCUUCGCCUUCCAGCGGCGCUCAGGCGCUCGAUACUGUCACAGCCAGCAUUUGCUACGUCCGUACGUCGUCUGACGACAGCCGUCGCUCGUGAUGGCUCCACCGACGUCUCAUUCAGCACUCCUCCGCUGGACCUCGAGCCUCCACCACUACUCACCCUCUCCUCCGCCACGCUGAACUCCUACACCAUAUCCUCCGUCCCCGAGCUAUCGCAACUCCGAACCGCCUCAUCUUUCUUUACACGCCAACCGCCAACUCUCCUCUUCAGUGCGCCCAACUUCCGGCAUCUGCCACAAUCUCACUUUCCGGAAGUGGCCUUUCUCGGUCGUUCGAAUGUCGGCAAAAGCAGUCUUCUGAACGCCUUGUUCGGCCGGUCGAAUGAUAAGGUUGCGCAUGUAUCGAAACGACCUGGACGAACAAAGAUGAUGAACGGCUUUGGGAUCGGUGGUGAAGGCGGCACGGCCGGCGGCGCAGGCACAAAGGGCAAGAAGAAGGAAGGCGAGACGAUGAAUCAAGAGGCGUGGAAGAGAUUUGGACGAGGAGGAUUGAUCGUCGUGGAUAUGCCGGGAUACGGAGGUGGAAGUAGACAGGAAUGGGGAGUGGAGGCGUUGAAGUUCUUGGAGAACCGCAAGCAAUUGCGACGAACGUUUGUGCUGGUCGAUGCUGAGCAUGGAUUGAAGAGCUCCGAUGUCUCGUUGUUGACGCAUCUGCGGAAACAGGGCAUUGCACAUCAAGUCGUGCUAAGCAAGGUGGACAAGCUCUUGUAUCCCAAUGCGAAGCCACCGGGCGCAGAGACACUGCACAAUCGGCUGGUGAAGUUGAGGGAUCUCUGCGGCAGCAUACGCGAGACAUUGAAUGAGGCUGCUGAGGGUGGCAGAGAUGUAAUGGAGGAUAUUCUGUGCUGCAGUGCGGAGAAGACAUUGGACGACAAGGUGAGGAAUACGAAGAUUGGGAUCAAUGAGAUUAGGUGGUCGGCCAUGAGUGCGUGUGGGCUGGAGAGUCCUUUGUAG